AUGGUUUCCUAUAUGAAGUGGGCUGCCUUGAUCCUGGCCACUGCCCAGCUCGGCUAUGCCCAGACCUACACCAGCUGUAACCCAACCAAGAGUAAUAUUCUCCAGCCCGAGGUUCAACCGAAGACCUGCCCUGCCGACACCGGUCUGGAUAAGUGGGAGUACAACAUCGACUUCACUGUUGGUUCAUCUGCCUUUGCCAAGUGGAAUACCACCGCCGGUACCGUCGAAAGCACCUCUCUCGGCGCCAAGUUCACCAUCUCGGAGGAAGGAGACGCUCCCACCAUCGAGAGCGAAUUCUACAUCUUCUUCGGCCAUAUCGACGUUAAGCUGAGAGCCGCUAAUGGCACUGGUAUCAUCAGUACUUAUAUCCUGGAGUCGGAUGACCUUGACGAGAUCGACUGGGAGCAAAUCAGCACCUACGACACCGAAAUCCAGACCAACUACUUCGGAAAGGGCAAUACCACCACCUACAACCGUGCCACGACCGUGACUGUCUCCGACCCCGAAAUCACCUUCCACACCUACUCCGUCGACUGGACCUCCAGUCGCAUCGAGUGGCUCCUGGACGGCGAGGUGGUCCGCACAGUGGAGUACGCCGAUGCGCUCUCUGGCAAGAACUUCCCCCAGACCCCCAUGCGCAUCCGCAUCGGUAUUUGGGCCGGCGGCGACCCCGACAACAGUGAGGGUACCAUCGAGUGGGCUGGUGGUGAGACCGACUACACUGACGGACCUUUCACCAUGUACGUCGAGUCCAUCAACAUCACCAACUACACCCCCGCCCAGCACUACAAGUACACCGACAAGACUGGCGCGUAUACCAGCAUCAAGUCUUACAACAGUACCGUCUCCAACUCGACAUCCAGCUCUUCCAUGUCCUCCAGCUCGUCUAUUGCCCGGAUUGUUUCUUCUAGCGCGGCGGGUGCUACCACGUCUGCUGCAUCCGCUGCGUCUGCUUCCGCUUCCGCUGCUGCUUACUCUGGUGCCUCGGCCUUGACUUACUCCUCUUUGUUCAUGGCCUCUGUUGUCGCCUUUAUUGUCGGUGCCUUGCAGAUGUAA